AUGAGCCAGAAAGAAGAAGAAAUGGAGGAUAGCUCCCUGCCACUCUGUGUCACCUGCGGCCAAGCGCAUUUACCAGAAGAGAACCACUUGUACAGCUACACCGAAGAAGUAGAUGAUGAUCUGAUAUGCCACAUUUGCCUGCAACCUUUGCUUCAGCCAUUAGACACGCUCUGUGGUCACACCUUCUGCACAGCCUGCCUUACAAACUUCCUUGUGGAGAAAGACUUCUGCCCCAUGGACCGCAAGCUCGUGAUUCUCCAGACAUGCAGGAAGUCCAGCAUACUAGUGAAUAACCUCCUGGAUAAGCUAAUGGUUAGCUGCCCUUUCACAGAACACUGCUCAGAGGUUGUGCAACGUGGUCACCUUGAACAGCAUUUCCAAACCCAAUGUAAAGGAGCAUCCCACUAUGGCCUUACCAAGGAACGGAAGAGGCGUUCCCAGGACUGCUCUCCAGACCAUGGCUCCAGCUUAGCAGUGGCUUCCCUGGGCCCUGAGCUCUCAGCAGCUGCAGCCAUCGCCUUAAUGACAGAUGAGCCAGGGCUGGUGAACCCAGCCUUCAGCCCCACCUCAGAGGACAGCCAGCUGGGGAGCAGCCCCGGAGACCUGCACCGCAGCAACCGCAACAGAACUCGACACUUUGAACGUUCCACUAUAAGAAGCAGAUCUUUUAAAAAAAUAAACAAGGCAUUCAGUGUUCUUCGGAGGACAAAAAGUGGAAGUGCUGUUUCCAACCAGACUGACCGGGAAAGGGAGGCUGUUGGAAACUCUGCUACUGGAGAGGAAGGUUUUCCCAGGUUGUAUCACCUGAUUCCAGACGGGGAAAUUACCUGCAUCAAGAUCAGCCGUACCGAUCCCCAUGAAAAUCUGGCCAUUAGGAUUGUGGGAGGCAGUGAGACUCCUUUGGUUCACAUUAUUAUACAGCAUAUUUAUCGAGAUGGGGUAAUUGCCAGAGAUGGAAGGUUGCUGCCUGGAGACAUGAUACUAAAGGUAAAUGGCAUGGACAUCAAAAAUGUGCCUCACAACUAUGCCCUGUCGAUCCUGAAGCAGCCCUGCCACGUGCUCCGACUGACGGUGCUCCGAGAGCAGAGGUACCGAUGCCGGAACAGUGGACUUUCCCUCGAUGCUCACUGCAAUAGGGAUGACAGCUUCCACGUUGUGCUAAACAAGAGCAGCCCAGAUGAGCAGCUGGGAAUAAAGCUGGUCCGCAAGGCCGACGAGCCAGGGGUAUUUAUUUUCAACUUGCUGGAAGGUGGCAUGGCUGCCCGUGAUGGACAGCUGCAGGAGAAUGACCGGGUGCUGGCCAUCAAUGGGCACGACCAUCGCUACGGCAGUCCAGAGAGCGCAGCCCAGCUGAUACAGGCCAGCGAGAAGCAGGUUCACUUCGUGGUGUCGCGGCAGACCAGGCAGCAGCCCCCCGACCUCCUGCAGGAGACGGGCUGGAGUUACAGCUCUGGCAGCUCCCAGCCUUGUCCCGCCGACAGAAACAACCCCGGCAAGAGCACCCUUCACACUGUCACCUGCCAUGAGAAGGUGGUGGCUGUCCGGAAAGAUCACACAGAAUCACUGGGAAUGACUGUGGCAGGUGGAGCAUCUAACCGGGAAUGGGAUUUGCCUAUCUAUGUGAUAAGUGUGGAACCUGGAGGAGUGAUCAGCAGAGACAGCAGGAUAAAAACAGGUGACAUCCUCCUGAACGUGAACGGCAUUGAUCUGACAGGAGUCAGCCGGAGUGAGGCUGUCGCCCUGCUGAAGAACACCAACUCCUCAGUGGUGCUCAAAGCCCUGGAGAUGAGAGCAUGUGAAGCCCAGGAGGAACGGGGUCACCUGCCACCCCCUGAGGACACGCAGGUGACCUCUGAGAGCAGCGAGUGGUCACCAUCCUGGGUUAUGUGGCUGGGGCUGCCACGGUAUUUGUACAGCUGCAAAGAAAUUGUAUUACGAAGAAAUACAUCUGGAAGUCUUGGCUUCAGCAUUGUAGGCGGUUAUGAAGAACAUACUGGGAACAAACCAUUCUUUAUCAAAUCCAUUGUUGGGGGAACACCAGCAUAUAAUGAUGGCAGGAUUAGAUGUGGUGACAUCCUCCUUGCUGUCAAUGGCAGGAACACAUCAGGAAUGAUGCAUGCCUGCUUGGCAAGGAUGCUCAAAGAACUAAAAGGAAAAAUUACUCUCACAAUUGUGUCCUGGCCUGGUACAUUUUUAUAA